AUGGAAAUAAUCGAACAACUUCGUAUACUGCCACAAAAUCAUUUGCUUCAACCGGUUUUCCAUCUGCAACCAGCGCGAAUCGAUAUGGCCACAGUAGAGCCAGUCGAUGUACCUAUAUUUCCCGCACCACCAUACGCAGCUGUCGUUACAACUAGAGAUGAAGCUGAAUCGAUGGAAGCAGACAACAGUGUUAAUAACGCGCCACCCACUAUCAAUCAUCACUCAAUGAUGGAUGGAAAUCUAUCAGUGCAUGCUGAGGAACUAGACUUUCCUCGAGGAUCAGAUGUGGACGAAAUAAAUUUUAAGGCUAUAUGUCCCCCCAACUAA